AGAAGCUUCACUGCGCAUGCUCAGCCCGUCGUCGUGGAUACGGUUUGUUGUUUCUUUCUCUCCAAAAGACUAAAAGCACUUGAACACACCUGAAUUGAGAGGGACAUCGGCACGAGGAGCGGAUUAACCCCAGGUGAUGGCGACGUCACAGCGUGAUGUCAUUGACUUCUCUGCGUUGGAGAAGGAGCUGCAGGCGGCCGUGGACUCUGAGAGGAGACACGAGCGAGAGAAUGAAGCCAAACUGAGAGCCGUGAGCCAGCGGGUGUCCUACGACCAGUUCAGAGACCUGGUGCUGUCCUGCCACCUGAAGCCUCUGGACAAGAAAGACAAAGACGGGGGUCCACGGAAACAACCCUGGAACCCGGUCGCCCCGAGCAACAAGUGAUGUCUGGUUACCCCGAGCAGCGAGGAACUGUUUGUGUGAUGCAAUCAAUCAGUUUAAAUGUUUGUUUUCUUGUUGGUUCUUCAGUUUCAUUGGAGAUGAACAAACCCAGAUGUAAAAAAAUUAGCACAGUGUCAGUUUUUUCUUAAAAUAAACAUAAUUAAACAGUA